CGUAGAUAAAGACAAGUGGUGACAGUAAACAUCAAAAUUGCUCUGAGCAUAACCUUAUUUCGUUACUGUUUUCCUUUAUCUCAGUUUACAGUUUUUACCAAUAUUUAUAAAUGAGCGCCAUGUAAUUUCCGUUUGGAGACAUUCACAAUGUUAUUCGCUUGGUUGUUGUUCAAGUUAAAGUCGUUUUUCCUUGUGUUCUCCAAUGUGUUUCGAAGAACCCUGUGCUGCUUUCGCAAACGAAGAAACAGCUUCUCUGAGACAGUGCAACUGACUCAUGUGGUCACCAGUGGCUCAGAGGAUCCGCCCACUUGGUCGGAUUGGGGCAACGAUCAGUUCAGAGACAACAAGCCGAAGACUGUGCAUGAUUACAUCGAACAGUAUAGAGAGCAGGCAGUUAAGGCCCGAACUGGGGAGACUGCAGAUGGAAACGCUGAGGAUCGAGAGGAUUAUUUCGAGGACAUGACCCCCCAAAUCAGGAGGCAGGCGAAAGUUUUGAUUGGAAACAGGAACGGGAAUGGCGGCUCUAAUGUGAAUAGCAGACUUAGUGCCAUUCAGGAUCCUCUGAAUGUGGCGACUGGGGAGCUGCUGGAAUGGGACGAAAAUGGGGGCUGGGCUGGCGAACAGCUCUUGGAUGAAGAGGCUCAGAAGAUCCUCAGAGAGCAAAAAAGACUGGAAAGGGAACGGAAGGCCUGGGCGCAGCACCAAAAACGACUGGAGAAGUCCACAAGGACCUUAGGCUCAAAGUUGGCAACGUAAUAAUGAAAGGACCAUCCUGGAAUGAGGUUUUUUAUAUUAAAUAAGAGAAGAUGCACAUUUAGGUAGGUCCCAAGCAUUCCUGCCACUUUAUAGAGGCUUUUCCUGAUAUUUUAAUUAUUUGUUAUUUUAUAUAAAUUCAUUAAUGACAAAGCAACACUACUGAAUAAUACUAAAUCACUAUAAGCAGAUUAUUAUGUACGCAUGCAUUUUUGCCUCUUGGUGGAUUUAUCCAGCUCGCACUUUUCAAACGGAUUGCAUUUUACAUUUCCGCAAUAGCUGCCAGUGGCUGUUUCUGCAAAAAAUAUGAAAACAAUA